AUGUCUACACAAUUUAGGAAGUCUAAUCAUAAUAGUCAUAGUAGUAAAAAACUAAAUCCUGCGCUAAAGUCCAAAAUAGAUACGCUUACAGAAUUGUUCCCUGACUGGACGAGUGAUGAUUUAAUUGAUAUAGUUCAAGAAUAUGAUGAUUUGGAAACUAUAAUUGAUAAAAUUACUUCCGGCGCAGUGACAAGAUGGGAUGAAGUAAAGAAACCUGCUAAGAAGGAAAAAUAUGAAAAAAAGGAGCAACAACACUCAUAUGUCCCUCAACAACAUUUGCCAAAUCCAGAAGAUGAUAUUACAUAUAAGAGUUCUAAUAAUAGCAAUUCUUUUACUUCUACAAAGCAUAACAGUAGUAACAAUUAUACUCAAGCCAGAAAUAAGAAGAAGGUACAAACACCACGAGCUCAUACAACCGGGAAACAUGUUAAUCUCGACAAGGGGAAGCACGUACCAUCCAAGCCUGUUUCAAACACUACAUCGUGGGCAGCAGCUGUUUCUGUAGAUACUAAACAUGACGUUCCUCAAGAUUCAAAUGAUAACAAUAAUGAAGAAUUAGAAGCACAAGGGCAACAAGCGCAGGAGAAAAAUCAAGAAAAAGAGCAAGAAGAGCAACAACAGCAGGAAGGGCAUAAUAACAAAGAAGAACACAAACAAAUAGAGCAACCUUCUUUAUCUUCAAAGAAAACAACUUCUAGGACAUCUGCUUCACAACCAAAGAAAAUGUCGUGGGCUGCAAUUGCUACACCAAAGCCAAAGGCUGUUAAAAAGACCGAGUCUCCUCUUGAAAACGUUGCUGAAUUGAAGAAAGAAAUAAGCGAUAUUAAGAAGGAUGACCAAAAGUCUGAAGCUAGUGAAGAAAAAGUUAAUGAACAAGAAACAUCUGCACAAGAACAAGAGGAGGAGACUGCUGAACCUUCUGAAGAAAAUGAAGACAGAGUCCCUGAAGUGGACGGAGAAGAAGUCCAAGAAGAAGCUGAAAAAAAGGAACAAGUAAAAGAAGAGGAACAGACAGCGGAAGAGCUGGAACAAGAACAAGAUAAUGUUGCUGCUCCAGAAGAAGAAGUUACAGUUGUUGAAGAAAAGGUUGAAAUUAGUGCUGUUAUUUCAGAGCCUCCAGAAGAUCAAGCUAAUACUGUACCUCAACCACAACAACAAUCCCAACAACCACAGCAACCACAGCAACCACAGCAACCACAGCAACCACAGCAACCACAGCAACAACAACAACCACAGCAACCACAACAACCACAACAACAACUACAACAGCAACAGCAACAGCAACAACAACCAGUACAAGCUCAAGCUCAAGCCCAAGAAGAACAAUUAUCUCAAAACUACUAUACUCAACAACAGCAGCAACAAUACGCUCAACAACAGCAUCAGUUACAGCAACAGUAUUUGUCCCAACAACAACAAUAUGCUCAGCAACAGCAACAGCAUCCACAACCUCAAUCACAACAACCUCAAUCACAGCAAAGUCCACAAAGUCAAAAACAAGGGAACAACGUGGCUGCCCAACAGUACUACAUGUAUCAAAACCAAUUUCCUGGAUAUUCUUAUCCAGGUAUGUUUGAUUCACAAGGAUACGCUUACGGUCAACAAUAUCAGCAACUUGCUCAAAACAACGCUCAAACUAGUGGUAAUGCUAACCAAUAUAAUUUCCAACAAGGUUAUGGUCAAGCAGGCGCGAACACUGCUGCUGCUAAUUUGACUAGUGCUGCCGCUGCUGCUGCCGCUUCUCCAGCUACAGCUCACGCCCAACCUCAACAACAACAGCCAUACGGUGGCUCAUUCAUGCCAUACUACGCCCACUUUUACCAACAGUCAUUCCCAUAUGGUCAACCUCAAUACGGUGUAGCUGGUCAAUAUCCAUACCAGUUACCAAAGAACAAUUACAACUAUUACCAAACUCAAAACGGUCAGGAACAGCAAAGUCCAAAUCAAGGUGUUGCCCAGCAUUCUGAAGACUCUCAACAGAAGCAAUCACAACAGCAACAGCAACAGCAACCUCAAGGUCAACCCCAACCUGAAGUUCAAAUGCAAAAUGGCCAACCUGUUAACCCACAACAACAAAUGCAGUUCCAACAAUACUAUCAAUUCCAACAACAACAGCAACAAGCUGCUGCCGCUGCCGCUGCUGCUGCCCAACAAGGUGUACCAUAUGGCUACAACGGUUAUGAUUACAAUUCUAAAAAUUCAAGAGGUUUCUACUAA